AUGAACAGGUUUUUCGGUUACAACAUGUUUUUCUUUCUCUCUCUCCUCCACGGUGUUUUUCCCGCCAGAAUCGUUCCUCCGACAUCACCACCGGAAUCCACCGUCAAACACAUCUCCGGUAAUGACACGUGGCACAGUUUCGCCAAGUUCAUGGACGCCGGCAAGGGUGCUAACUUCUCCGGAAUAUCUGAGCUCAAAAACUACUUCCACCGAUUUGGUUACAUCGAUGACGUUAACAACUUUACAGACACCUUCGAUGAAACCCUAGAAACCGCCGUGUUAAAUUACCAGGAGAGGCUCGGCUUACCGAUCACCGGAGAACUCGAUUCCGAUACCGUCACUCAGAUCAUGUUACCGCGGUGUGGCGUCUCCGACGGUCUCAACCGGAAGAAACAUAAAAUCCACGUGAAUAAACAUUAUGCCUUUUUUUCCGGCGAGCCGAGGUGGAGGAAACCGGCAAAUUCGGAGACUAUGACGCUAACUUACGCUUUUUCGAACAAUCAUAUGAUUGAUUACAUUAGUUACUCCGACAUACGAGCUGUUUUCUUGCGGUCCUUCUCCCGGUGGUCGUCUACGAUUCCGGUGAACUUCGCGGAGGCGGAUGAUUACCGGAAAGCAGACAUAAAGAUAGCGUUUUACCAAGGGGAUCACGGCGACGGAGAGCCGUUCGACGGCGUUUUAGGUGUGUUGGCUCACGCUUUCUCGCCGGAAAACGGUAGGCUCCACUUUGAUAAAGCUGAAACAUGGGCCGUUGAUUUCAAAUCAAGUAAAUCAAAUCUGGCCGUUGAUUUGGAAUCAGUUGCGACUCAUGAAAUCGGGCAUAUUCUCGGGUUGGCCCAUUCUUCGGUUAAGGAGUCGAUCAUGUACCCGAGUUUGGGUCCGAGAAUUAAGAAAGUGGAUCUAAAAAUUGAUGACGUCGAGGGGAUCCAGGCGUUAUACGGGUCAAACCCGAAUUUUAGGUACACACCAUCUAUGGAAUCGGAUAUCUCAUCGGGUACCCGAACCGGGAGAGGAAGAUGGUUUAAGAGGGUGACUUCAUUGGUAUUACUUAUGGGUUUUUUAUUUUGA